AUGUUGCAAUUAAAAGCGUCCAGAGUUGACCCAUUGCUCCUUUUCCAAGACGAAGGCCUUUACAAAGUAUUAGCAACACUGCUCCUCGUGGUAGCAGCAACGUGCGCAGCACCUACAUCGCACGACGACAAUCUCACCUUGGACAAAAGGGAACCAACCACCCAUGAACUUCUCAGUUCUCUAGGCUUAAAGAAGCUCAGAAUACCAGCAGCACAUCACAGGAAACGUCUGGCGGAGCAAGGCAGACGCCAUGGUACUGGUGAUUCGAGGAUGUACGUGAUAAAACUACCACCUAACAUGAACUAUUACACUCACGCCAACCCUGCUCCAGCUGCAGCACGAACAUUACCCCUGCAAAUGACUAGCAAUGGUAAACCAGCAAGAGUUUACCACUGGAACUUACCAGUGCUCCAUAAGCUAGCGAAGAACCGCCCGCAAGCGCGGUUCGACGACGACGUGGUCAACGUGGAAAGUACUCCAACAUGGCCAAAAAUCAACCAUCCCAAUUCAAUAGAAGCGUUAGCGUACUAUGUGCCAUCAAAGAAGUCCUCCUUUAGGAAAUAUUUCUCGGGAAACGGAAAACCUAAGUCUUUCUACGUGAUUGACAAGGAUAAGAAUUCCGCGGAGUACCACAGAUUACUGCCUUAAUUCAUUUAUUAUUUAUACCAUACUAUAAACUAAUAAUUAAA